UUUCCAAAGGCUCUGUCGAGCCUACAUUGAAUCUAUACGUUCUCUUUCACCCCAUUGGUAACUACUUCUCUGACUCCAACCCAAGAAAACUUGUCACCAGAGCUUGGGACUUCCUUGAUACGACAACCACUUGCCAUAUUCCGGAACGGGUAAAAGGAGGAUUCCUCACGAGCUGGACCUCCACUCUUUUCAGAAGAAUUCAUCAACUCAUUGAAAUCACCAACUAAGCACCAUCCAGCAUUCCUGUUCAAGCCAAUAGUCUUAAGAUUGUCCCAGACUAUCUGACGUUUAUGACGAACAGGAUCUCCAUAUACAAAGGAGAUAAAAUAAACCAGGUCUCGUUGCUUUACUCUGGCAUCAAUGAUUCUAUCACUCGAUGAUAAAAUUUCUACUUCGUGUGAAUUUCGCCAGAACAAAGCCAAGCCACCACUGAGACCCACUGGGUCCACCAAGAAACUGUGAUCGAAGCCCAACGAUCUUUUGAAACCCUCAACGUGAUCACUAGAGUUUUUAGUCUCUAGGAGAAACAGGAAGUCAGGGAGAUGCUCACGGCACAUCUCCUCCAGACGUCGAACUGUCAGGACGCUUCUCAAGCCCCGACAGUUCCAACUGAGCGUCGUCAUUGAGGACUGGAUGGUUUCUGGUGAACCAUCAAACCUUCAGCUUGUUUUGACAUCUUCGAGGAAACUUCCAUCUUCAAAUUUCUUUACAAAAUAGAAUAAUUAAGCGUGAUUUUAAAAAAAAAAUUAACAAAGGGCCAACUAUUAACCAAUGUAGGUUUUUGUUGUUGUUGUUGCUAAGACGCCAAGCUUGUUUAGAAGUUUAAGAAAGUUCAUUUAAGUAAGAAUUCAUUGCAUAAUUUGUGGUUUCUUUCCAUCAUUCUAUUUUGUUUAUCAAUAUCAAUUAGGAUUUGAAAACUUACCUUAUAUAAGUUCAAAAGUCAAAACCCUCAAUCCUAACCCGUAAAUAUAGCAAACGGAUAAAGUGGGUAGGUUUGAUCCAUGAGUUUUACUUCGCAUUGGCAUCUUUAAUUAUAUAUAGUGUUUAUCUUGUUACUGGUUAUAGACUUAUAGGCAAGUAGAAAAUGAUUUGAAGAUGAACAAGAAAAACGAUAGUGUUUUUUUUAGCGGCGAACAAAGAGCAAAAGUGUUUAUCCUUUUUAUCCUUUUUUUCUUAUGUGUUAUAAAAAUGUUAAAUUUGUAAAUUUGGUAUGUAUGCCGAAACUAUUUAUGUUGGUUUGUAUACAGUUACGAAUAUGCAUAUUACUAAUCAGACGUUGUGUUUUAAUUUUAGAAUACAAUUAUUUUUUUAUUUUUUAUUUCAGCACUAAACAAUUAGGAUACUAUAAAUUAUAAAACAAUCAUUAAAUUCACGCAUCACCUUACCUGUUCUAGAGAGAUAGUACUCCUGUUAUUCUGUGUAUUUUGUAAAUCUUUCUGUAUUAAUUUGAGUUGAAAUCCAGACUUCGUAACGCAAAAUCAUUAAUGAAUUUGGAUUAAAAGACUUCCACGAAUCCUGUUACAUUUUCUUUACAAUAACAGUGAAAAUUACGCUAGUGCACAUUUUAUUAUGUGUUAUAUAAAUAUUAAAUUAUAAAUUUGGUAUAUAUGCCGAGACUAUUUAUGUUGGUUCAUAUAUGGUUUCGAACAUACUUUUUUGUCAACAUAUUCCACUAAACGCUAAAAUAUCCAAGAUAUUACAUAGUUUUUACAAGCCAUUCUUGCUUGCUUAACAAGAACAUCAACAAGAGUUAGAGAUUCUCAAGAUACAGAAUGGAAAGUGUGAUACUUCCCUUAGUCUUCUAACACGUCUUGUAACACAGGUGCAGCCUCUGUGAUACAGACAUGAGCAACCUCUGUGGUACGGGCAGGCUGGAUGUUUUGAUAAGUACGAAUAUUACUAAUCAGACGUUAUAUUUUAAUUUUAGAAUACCAUUAUUUUUAACACUAGAUAAUCAUGUUAUUAUAACUAUAAGCCGAUAAUUCUAUUUGUAUUAUAAGAAUUCAUGUUUAAUUGCACCAUCUAAACCACUUUAAUUUAUCGCAUACAUAUUUCUUGUAUAUUUUUGCUCCAUUAAUUUGCAUAAUUUCAUUUUUUUAAACUCGAAAUCUAAACUUUCUAAUAUUCAUUAGUAAAUAUUUAGUCAAACUACUGAAUCAAUAAGGUUUCACAAACCCUAUUACAUUUUCUUUAUAAUAACAGUGAAAAUUACAUGAAAAUAUUGAACGCUAAUAUAAACAAAAACCCUGACUCGCGAUACUAGUUUUUUUACCAACUUUAAAUCAAACAAAAAUUAUCUACUGAUGUAUCCCCAUCUCUAUGUAGAUAUUGUUCAAUUUGUUUCCAUAUAAGAAUGUAAUCUUAUUGCAUCGGCGGCGAUCCUUCUUCCUUUUCUAUGAUUUUUUGCUGUAAAAAUGCUGGUUGCUUCCCUGUAAUCUUGUAAAAUUAAUGAAAAUCUUUUAUAAGAAAGUAUACUGAUUUAUUUAUAAAUUCGCUUAUUUAUUUUACAAGAACAAAUAAAGAAUAUGGAUUACAGUUCUAAGAUGAUGAAGCCUACACUCUAACACCAUCCUAUAUUUGGAAGUUUCAGGCUACAAACAAACUGGCUUCCUUUUAUCAACCAUUAAUACAAUUGAUUCACAGCUUUGAUCUCUUCUCAGUAUUAAUUUGUGGAAGCAAUUUUAAAAAUAAAUAUAAAUAUAAAUGAAUUUUACUAUCUCCACCAAUUAUAAGUUUUAAUACAAUUAAAUUAGUAAUGGAAAAUAUAUUCACCGCUUUGAUUUCAUAUUAUUAAUUUCCCUAAACUAAAAGUCUAAAACAUAAUGAAAUUCAUUGGUUGCUUUAAUUACCAGAAAACAAAUAAAUUCACAUUAAACCCCUUCGAGAAGAAAAAGCAAAAACGUCAGACACGUGUCAAAUACAGAGUGAGAACAGGAGACACAAAGUUGGACUGGGUUUUACAUAUCAAACUCCUUUAUACCCUCGACUAACAAGCACACAACAACUUGAACAAGUAAGGGUAACAUAGUCCUUUUAAGUAGCUUCAAAUAUGCCCGGGGAUCAUGGACGGACGCUUAUAUGCAGCUUCGACACCUAAUAAUCUAACUGAAUCACAAACCGAGUCCCCAAAACAAAACAGAAAAAUAUCUCUCAGAGAUCGAUCAUAGAGAAGAAAACAGAAUCUUGAUCGACCUCGGAGAAGAAGAAGAGAAUAAUCAAUGGCGGCCGCUUCUAAUGGGAGUGAGUAUUUCGACAUCGACGUCGAGACGGGAAGAAAAUCGUUCGCGCGGCCGUCGAACGCUGAGACAGUGGAGCAGGACGAAGAAGAUCUGAGAUGGGCGGCGAUCGGACGGUUACCGUCGCAGAGACAAGGGAGCCAUUUAGCGACUUUGCGUCGGUCGCAAACUUCUGGUUACGCAGACGGGAACGUCGUGCAGACGAUUGACGUAAGGAAGCUCGAUCGUUCGGAUCGUGAGAUGGUUGUUCGUCAAGCUCUCGCCACUAGCGAUCAGGAUAAUUACAAGCUUCUCUCUGCUAUCAAGGAACGGCUCGAUAGCGUGUUUUAAGCAGUUUGAGAAUAAUGAAGACUAGAAAACACAAGCUAACCAUAUUGAAAGAUAUCAGUGGUAUUAUCAAACCAGGAAGGAUGACUUUGCUAUUAGGACCACCAGGUUCCGGAAAAUCGACUUUACUUCUUGCUCUCGCAGGAAAACUUGAUCAAACUUUAAAGAAAACGGGUAACAUCACUUAUAAUGGAGAGAGUUUUGAUGAGUUCCAUGUCAAAAGGACUUCAGCAUAUAUUAGUCAAACAGAUAAUCACAUUGCUGAACUUACUGUUCGUGAGACGCUUGAUUUUGCUGCAAGAUGUCAGGGCGCAAACGAAGGCUUUGCAGGUAUAAUGAAAGAUCUAACCCGAUUAGAGAAAGAAAGGAGUGUACGUCCUUCUUCUGAGAUUGAUGCUUUCAUGAAGGCUGCUUCUGUGAGUGGUAGUAAGCAUAGUGUUUCCACGGAUUAUGUGCUUAGGGUGCUUGGUCUUGAUGUAUGUUCUGAUACAAUGGUUGGUAACGAUAUGAUGAGAGGUGUUUCAGGAGGUCAGAGGAAAAGAGUAACAACAGGAGAGAUGACCGUGGGGCCAAGAAAAACAUUGUUUAUGGAUGAAAUAUCUACUGGUCUGGAUAGCUCAACGACUUUCCAGAUUGUGAAAUGUGUCAGAAACUUUGUCCAUUUAAUGGAUGGAACCGUUCUCAUGGCACUUCUUCAACCUGCACCCGAAACAUUUGAUCUGUUUGACGAUUUAAUUCUUCUCUCAGAAGGUUACAUGGUAUACCAAGGUCCUCGACAAGAUGUGAUCGGAUUUUUCGAGUCUCUAGGAUUCCGUCUCCCACCACGUAAAGGUGUUGCAGAUUUUCUCCAAGAGGUGACCUCCAAAAAGGAUCAAGCUCAGUACUGGGCAGAUCCUUCGAAGCCUUAUCAAUUCAUUCCUGUCUCAGACAUAGCGGCUGCAUUCCGAAGCUCGAAGUACGGGCAUGCUGCAGAUUCAAAGCUUGCAACACCAUUUGAUAAGUCAUCCGCGGAUCCUUCAGCUUUAUGCAGAACACAAUAUGCCAUAUCAGGAUGGGAAAACCUCAAAGUUUGCUUUAGACGAGAAAUGCUACUGAUCAACCGGCACAGGUUUCUUUACACUUUUAGGACAUGCCAGGUUGCAUUUGUGGGAUUUGUCACAGCCACAAUGUUCUUGAGAACUAGAUUACAUUCAACAAACGAAGCAUAUGGCAACGAAUAUCUAUCUUGCCUAUUCUACGGCCUAGUGCACAUGAUGUUCAAUGGUUUCUCUGAACUGCCUCUCAUGAUAUCUCGUCUCCCGGUUUUUUACAAGCAAAGGGAUAACUCGUUUCAUCCCGCUUGGUCCUGGUCUAUUGCCAGCUGGUUGUUGCGUGUGCCUUACUCUGUCCUUGAAUCUGUUGUCUGGACUUCUGUGGUAUACUACAGUGUGGGACUUGCUCCCUCACCAGGCAGAUUUUUCCGAUACAUGUUACUCCUCUUCUCGGUGCAUCAAAUGGCUCUCGGUUUGUUUCGUAUGAUGGCUUCUAUAGCAAGGGAUAUGGUCAUUGCCAACACAUUCGGAUCUGCAGCAAUCUUAGCAGUGUUCUUGCUUGGUGGAUUCGUUAUUCCAAAAGAUGAUAUUAAACCGUGGUGGACUUGGGGCUUUUGGGUUUCGCCGUUAUCCUAUGGGCAACGUGCCAUUGCGGUCAAUGAGUUCACAGCCACACGGUGGAUGGAGCCAUCCGCUAUCUCGAAUACUUCAGUUGGAUUCAACUUUCUCAGGCUACGCAGUUUUCCAACAGAGGACAACUGGUACUGGAUUGGAGUAGGGGUCCUCAUUGCUUAUGCACUUCUCUUCAACAACAUUGUCACUGUCGCCUUGGCUUAUCUCAACCCUCUAAGAAAAGCUAGAGCAGUUGUUUUAGACGAUCCGAAUGAAGAAACUCAAACUGCUUCAGCAAAACAAGGAAGAAGUGAGAAAAAAGGAAUGAUUCUUCCAUUCAAACCAUUAACAAUGACUUUCCACAAUAUUAACUAUUAUGUUGAUAUGCCAAAGGAAAUGCGUUCUCAAGGUGUACCAGAGACAAGACUACAACUGUUAUCGAACGUGAGUGGAGUCUUCUCCCCUGGUGUUCUCACAGCUUUAGUUGGAUCAAGCGGUGCAGGAAAGACUACAUUGAUGGAUGUUCUUGCUGGUCGAAAAACCGGUGGCUACAUCGAGGGAGAUAUCAGAAUCUCCGGUUACCAAAAAGAACAACAAACGUUUGCUAGAAUAUCUGGAUACGUUGAGCAGAACGAUAUACAUUCUCCUCAAGUAACCGUUGAGGAGUCCCUUUGGUUUUCAGCUAGCCUUCGUCUUCCUCAAGAGAUUACCAAAGAUCAGAAAAAGGAAUUUGUGGAAGAAGUUAUGAGACUAGUAGAGCUUGACAGUCUAAGAUAUGCGUUAGUUGGUUUACCUGGUACGACCGGACUAUCUACAGAACAGAGGAAACGUCUAACAAUUGCGGUUGAGUUAGUGGCAAACCCAUCGAUUAUUUUCAUGGAUGAACCAACAUCUGGGCUUGAUGCAAGAGCAGCUGCCAUCGUGAUGAGAACUGUUAGGAACACUGUUGACACUGGAAGAACAGUUGUUUGCACCAUUCACCAACCCAGCAUUGACAUUUUUGAGGCUUUUGACGAGCUACUUCUAAUGAAACGUGGAGGACAGGUUAUAUAUGGUGGGAAACUAGGUCAACACUCAAAGGUUAUGGUAGACUACUUUCAGGGGGUUGACGGAGUCCCUGCAAUCUCAAGUGGUUACAAUCCAGCAACUUGGAUGCUUGAAGUAACCACACCCGCUUUGGAGGAAAAAAUCAACAUGGACUUUGCAGAUUUAUACAAGAAAUCUCAACAGUUUAGAGAAGUGGAGGCGAACAUCAAACAACUCAGUGUUCCACCACAAGGCUCAAAGGCAAUAACGUUCGCUUCAAGAUACUCACAAAGCCAAUUAUCUCAGUUUCGACUCUGCCUCUGGAAACAGAACCUUGUCUACUGGAGAAGUCCAGCGUACAACCUCGUGAGAUUGCUCUUCACAACGGUCGCUGCGAUUAUACUCGGCACUGUGUUCUGGGACGUUGGUUCCAAGAGGACUUCCACACAAGAUCUGGUCACCGUUAUGGGAGCUCUCUACUCGGCUUGUCUGUUUCUUGGAGUUAGUAACGCUUCGUCGGUACAACCAAUCGUUUCAAUAGAAAGAACAGUUUUCUACAGAGAGAAAUCCGCAGGAAUGUAUUCUCCAAUUCCGUAUGCAGCAGCUCAAGGCCUUGUGGAGAUACCUUACAUUUUCACACAAACCAUUCUCUAUGGUGUCAUCACUUACUUCACCAUUGGUUUUGAAAGAACAUUCAGUAAGUUUAUACUCUACUUGGUGUUCAUGUUCCUCACUUUCACUUACUUCACCUUCUACGGCAUGAUGGCCGUUGGUCUCACCCCGAACCAGCACUUAGCCGCUGUGAUCUCCUCUGCGUUUUACUCUCUCUGGAAUCUCCUCUCUGGUUUCCUCGUCCAAAAACCUUUGAUUCCAGUGUGGUGGAUAUGGUUCUAUUACAUAUGUCCAGUGGCGUGGACACUUCAAGGAGUGAUACUCUCACAGCUUGGUGACGUGGAGAGCAUCAUUGACGACCCGAUGUUCCAUGGGACAGUCAAGCAGUUUAUUGAACAGGACUUCGGGUUUAAGCCUGGCAUGAUUGGUGUAUCUGUUGCUGUUCUUGUCGGAUUUUGCGCUCUCUUCUUCUCUGGAUUCGCACUUUCAGUCAAGUUCCUCAAUUUCCAGAGAAGAUAAAGAACAAAGGAUGAUGACUACUCUCUUUCUUUAUCUUUGAUCUUUUUGGCUCUUUGUUACAUGUAGUUAGGUUGAUCUUUCUAGUAUACAGUUCAAUUGCAAUUUAUUCAAAUUUGUUCAUUUCUUGUUCGUGAUUACUAAAAGAAAAAGUAUCAUUUGUAAACUUAAAUGCGUUUUUUUAAUUUUAACGGAAGAUAUGGAAAAGGUCAGAUAUUUUUGGUC